AGUAUGAAGCAGAACAGCCUCAAUUUCCAGAUGUUCCUGAAUCAAAACAUGGAUCUGUGUCUUUGGAAGCAGGAAUAUUGCAGCCAUUACGUAUGGAACAGUUAUAUUCAGCCCCUGCAGCUGAUGCUAUUGUCCAACAGCUGCUUCCCAUAGCUGGGGCAGCCCCCUUUCCAGAACCACCUGACCCAAAAACAUGUUCUCCUCGGGAAUACUUAGAGUAUUACAUAUUUCCAGUACUCUUACCUGCAAUGGCUGAACUUCUGCAUCGAGCAAAGAAGGAAAAGUGUUUUGAGAGAAAAAGGACCAAAUUUAUUGCCUGUGAUUUCCUAACUGAGUGGUUAUACAACAAGAACCCAAAGAGGAAAGAUGAGUCAUUCACAGAAUUCUUUUCCAUUCCUUUUGUUAAGGACUGGCUAAAGGACCAUCCUAGGCCACCAAUUCCUCUAUCUCUCCUUCUAUCCGAAGAAGAAGCAAGCAUAGUAAUUCAGUCCUUCUGGAGAGGUUAUCGG